AUGGACACCAAAUCCUUGGUCUCGAUUGUCGAGCAGCUAGAAGAGAACAUCGAGGACCUCGAAGACCAUAUCGAACCACUCUUCGCAGAUGCGAUUGCUACCACCAGCAGCAAGUUGCCCUUGCUUGAGCGGGCCAAACUCAACGUCCUGCUGGUCUACUCCAUCGAAUCCUUGUUGUUCUCAUACCUGAGACUGCACGGAGUCCAAGCAAAAGAACACCCAGUAUUCACAGAGUUGACCCGAGUCAAGCAAUAUUUCGCCAAAAUCGACAAGGUCAAACCCUCCGAGCCAGGUCAGCCCAAAGCGCCGCCUUCGUUUACCUUAAGCAAAGAGGCUACAGGAAGAUUCAUAAAACAUGCGUUGGCUGGAAACGAUAAAUUUGACCUCGAACGAGCAGAGCGGGAAGCUCGAGAGAGAUUCCUUGCAAAUAGGAAGUUAAAAGAUCUGGAGUCGAGCUUGAGAGAGAAGGCUGCUGCCAAGUCAAAAGAGGAAGAGCACAAAGAGACCGUUGCAAAUGAUGCACUGAAGCAAGCGGCUUUACUGGCCUCGAUCACACGACCAGAACCAGAAUCAGAAUCAUCGGACGGUUCCUCUUCGUCAGUUAGCGAAUCUGAAGACGAGGGCGAGGUGAAGAUUCCAGAUGAUCCUACACCAGCUUGCGCACUGGUCGACACCAAUCCAUCCCCGGCGCCAGCACCGGCUCCUGCGCAGACGAACGCUUCUAACAAAUCAACGAAGGCACAAAAGCAUCCACAACAGCCACAACAAGGCCAAAAACGAAAAGGAAAGCAGCAAAAUCAAGGCCCCCUAUCCAAGAAACAAAGGCGGGGGAAGAACCUCAAGAAUAAGUCAAAAAAGAAGAAGGCGGCAGCGGCGGCUCCUGCCACUGCUGGCUAA